AUGCCAUUGGAGCCACCAUACGACUCGACCCACAGGUUCCAAAACUCUUCACCCACGCAAUACCCAGCGAAUGUCGGAGAACUGGUUCCCAAUGUAUAUCAACAGCAGCAGUCUAAUGCUCUACCACCGCUACGCACUGUCUGCAGUAGACGAGCACUGCAUUCGCAGCGUCCACCCAGUGAUUCACCGACUUUUCAGCCUUUGCUGGUACCAAGGAAUGUGUCUCAUAACCGCAACUCUGCGCCGACGACAUCGUCCGACCCUGGGCUGUCAUUUCCCGACCACCAUAUCGAACUUGACCAAGGAGAAAGCCUCCAUGACGUUCUGUCCAAGCCGAUGUUCCACGGUCCCCACACUCAACAUCUGGAAAAUCCGUGUCAUUGCAAUAACAUCAUCUGCACGCUAUUUGGAUCAAAUCACCCAGUAAUGAACGAGCCUGCGACCCGAGCACGCUAUUCGCGUAUCCACGUAGUGCUCGGCCCUUUCUCCUUCUACGUUGAUGGUCGUAAAAGCUCUCGCACUGGAGGCUUGAAACCUGUCUCUGUACGCGAACUUCUUAACGCAAUUCAUGAACGCCUGCACAUGCAGCUUAGCGGACUUUUCCCAGUACACUUCCCUUUAGAGCAGAGGCCCACUAUUGUCACUCAAAUGAUUCAACAUGCGACACAUAGAACUGGAUGUAAGCUGGAUUACGUUCGUGCGCCGCCACGAUUGCUUGUCGAUUUUAUCCAGAGAAACAAUUUUGAUAUUACUAGUCCCGCUAUGUAUCUUAAGCGUCUCCAGUCUGAUCCGGCCACGUUCAAAGUCGGUUUGGUUUAG